UCUAGCAUAAUACUCUAGUGAUGUUACAAACGCGGCAACCAGUGGCCAAACGAAGGCAACCAGCAUGUACGCUGGGCAUUGUGAUAGUUGUCUGUCUGUUGGUCGGCGUUCCGGCGACCGUACGGGCAGCAGCCCUUGUAGCAAAAGAAGUUUCCUAUAUUGUCGAUAAUCGGCAGCUAGAAGCACUCGAGCCUUCGUGCAAGAGUGAAAUCUACUGUCAUGGCGAUCUGCUCAAGACGGUGCAGAUGAGCGAGAUCUACGCCGACUCGAAAACGUUCGUGGACAUGAAGAUGAAGCAAUCGCCGAACGAAACGCUCGAUUCGUUCCACGAGUUUAUGACGGCCCAGAACAACAGUCCGACGAAGGCAAAGCUGCAAGAGUGGGUAGAGCUGAACUUUGACAAGCCUGGCGCAGAGUUUGAAGUAUGGACGCCCGAUGACUGGACUGCAAAACCGAAAUUCCUGGAACGCAUCAAGGAUGCAGAUUUGCGCCAGUUUGCGUCGGAUCUGAAUAAGAUUUGGCACGAUCUUGGACGCAAAAUGACGACGGAUGUUGCGCUCAAUCCGGACCUAUACUCGAUCAUCCACGUGGACAAUCCGGUAAUCGUUCCGGGUGGUCGAUUCCGGGAGUUCUACUACUGGGAUUCGUACUGGAUCGUGAAAGGUUUGCUGCUGUCCGAAAUGUACACAACCACCAAGGGCAUGCUGGAGAACUUCCUGUCGAUCAUCCAGCGCUACGGUUUCAUCCCGAACGGAGGACGUAUCUACUACAGUAUGCGGUCGCAACCACCACUACUGUGCGGUAUGUUCAAGGCGUACGUGGAAGCCACCAACGACACCAAGUUUGCGAUGGACAGCGUAGAAAUUCUCGAGCGUGAGUUCCAAUUCUUCAUGAACAACUACGUGACGGAGGUGAACAAUCAUCAGCUAGCGACGUACGGGUACAAAUCGAGCGGCCCCCGACCAGAAUCCUACCGCGAGGACGUACUCAGUGCGGCCAUCUUCGAGCGGGAGGAGGACAAACAGGACUACUACUGUGAGCUGAAGGCAGCCGCCGAAAGUGGUAUGGAUUUCUCGAGCCGUUGGUUCAUCAAGGAUGGUACGAAUUCCGGUAACCUGACCGAUCUCAAGUGCCGCUCGAUCGUGGCGGUCGAGCUGAACGCUAUCCUGUACUGGAAUGCGCUCAUUAUUGCCGAAUUUUACGGCUACCGGAACGACAUCAACUCUAUCGCGAAAAAGGAAGAAUAUUUGGCGAAAGCGGACGAGCUUAAGAAAGCGAUCAAUGCGGUCCUGUGGGAUGAAAAGGAAGGUGCUUGGUUUGAUUACGAUCUGAUCAACAAGAAGCUACGCAAAUACUUCACCCCAACGAACCUUUCGCCACUGUGGGUUGGAUGUUACGAUCGGACGGAUAAGAACCUGCCGAAGCGCAUCCUUGCCUACAUCGACCGGCUGCAGCUGGAUCAGUAUCCGGGUGGUGUACCGAACACGCUGCAAAACACCAACGAGCAGUGGGACUUCCCGAACGUAUGGGCACCGAUGCAGCACAUGCUCGUGAUGGGGCUCGAUUCGCUGGACAGUGCGGAAGCGAAGGAACUUGCUUUCAGCUGGGCACAGCGUUGGGUACGGGGGAACUAUCUUACCUUCAACAAAACGCAUGCCAUGUUUGAGAAGUACGACGCACAAGAGCUCGGUGGACAUGGUGGUGGUGGUGAGUACGAUGUGCAGACCGGUUUCGGCUGGACCAACGGUGCCGCAAUGGAUCUGAUGAACAAGUACGCCGACAGACUGACAACAGUGGAUGCCAACGAUAAUGCGGAGGAUGGUAAUGGAAAUGGAAACGGUGCGCUGGUAGCAUACUCCAUCAAUACUGGCAUUAUUGCCACGAUUCUAGCAUUCUUUGUUGGCGUGUUCGGCAUAUUCCGAAGGUUUUUCGGUCGAUGA